GAUGGAGGCAGAGGGACUGGUCUGAUCUCUAGUCCUCAGAGGUCAUUCUCGCUACAGUUACAGACACUUGUUGCCAAAUCGCUCAGAGACGCGAGCGCGCAGCGAACCCGUUUUCACUCAGCGAACACUUUCUCCGCGUUCACGACACUGAGCUAGAUGUUGAGACGGGAAUACAACCACUUCUGACUUUGUUUGGGGGAAAAGGGCCACUUUUGAGCAAAUUCGUCGCAUUUGACGGGAGAAGCAUGGUUGACAACACAAGCAUAGCAACUAAAUCUGCACUGCAAGCCGCUUUCUCGUCGGUGAACACUCUUCCUCUGCUGGUCAGCUCCUCCAGCGCGCACAGUCACUCGAGCGGCGGCGGCGGUGGGAUGAAGCUGGAGGCGGUCAUGGAGAACCUUCAGAGACAGCAGGCGGCUCGCCUCGCUCUGGAGGAGAAGCUCCGGCAAGCCGAGAAGGAGAAAGACAUAAGGUCUAUGGUGGAGUCCCAGAUCCAACAGCAAGCUCUCGCCUUCCGCCACUAUCAAGCGGCGGUCAGGGGUGCGUUCGAAGGGGGAGCCCCGAAAUUACCCAUGGCGAGCUUAGGCCACCCCGGUGAGCGUACGGUCGACUACGACAUCGAUGAUGAUGAUGAUGAUGACCCAGACAUGGGCCGCAGCAUGGAUGAUGAAGAGCGAGAUUUGGAGGAAGAUGACAGUAUGAAUGAGGGUGGAGGGGAUGAAGAUUUGGAAGGACCCCUAGCUCAUUACCCACCGCGCCAUGCUAUUUAUCCAGGUGAGGGACAAUCUCCAAAAAGUACCCCUUCACAUCUGUCCAGAGUCCAGCCUUCCUAUGCCGCUCCAAGACAGGCUGAAUCACCCAGUGGUCUGGCAUCCCAAGCACAAUCGCAGCACCACGAAUGGACUUAUGAGGAACAGUUCAAACAGUCAGGCCACAGCAGCGGGCUGGUGUGGAAGCUGAAAGAGUCAAGCGUUGCUUUCAGUGGUGGUGGCUCUUCGUCUCUGAUACAGGAGCUGUAUGAACUAGAUGAAGAUGAGAAAAGAAAGGAGUUUCUUGAUGAUCUCUUCAGUUUCAUGCAGAAAAGAGGGACUCCAGUGAAUCGGAUCCCUAUCAUGGCCAAGCAGGUGUUGGAUCUCUACACUCUCUACAAGCUUGUCACCGAAAAAGGCGGCUUAGUAGAAGUCAUUAAUAAGAAAAUAUGGCGUGAGAUUACCAAAGGCCUGAACCUCCCUACCUCCAUCACCAGUGCGGCUUUUACCCUCCGAACACAGUAUAUGAAAUACCUUUAUCCUUAUGAAUGUGAAAAGCGGGGAUUGAGCUCUCCCGGCGAGCUCCAGGCAGCUAUCGACAGUAACCGACGUGAAGGGCGGAGACAGAGUUAUGGCUCCACCCUCUUCAACUACUCCCCCAUGGGUACCCCCACACUGCUGGCUUCCCCCAAACUCCAGAUGCCCCACAUCAGCAUGCCCACUCCUAAUGGCGGGCACAUGACUCAGUCCCCUGUUAUCAAGAAAGAAGACACCAUGCUCUCCAACUGCCUGACUAACAGAGUGGGCAUCCCUGUGUGUUUUGCCGGCCAUCACAGUGCAGCUCAGGCUGCUGCAGCCCAGGCUGCAGCUGCAGCAGCUGUGCAGGCGGCUGCAUUGGAACAGCUGCGGGAGAAGCUGGAGUCUGGAGAGCCACCGGAGAAGAAAGUGAUACUUAUGGCAGAGGAGCAGCAGAGGAUAAUGCAGCAUGCAUUGCAGCAGAAUCUCUUCGCCAUGGCAACUCAGCUACCUAUGAACAUUAAACUUAACAACAGAGAUGAUAGACAAGAGACCGCAUUGAACCUGUCUACCAACGGCAUUAGCAGCAUCAACAUGUCAAUAGAAAUAAAUGGGGUUGUCUACACAGGGGUCUUGUUUGCCCGUAAGCCAACCAUUGGUUUCAUGCCAGGCAACCAGCGAAUCCAUCACCAACACAGCUCUCAGGUAAAGAGCAGCAGCCCAGGUCUCAGCAACCACAUGCCGCCAUCCUCCUCCUCCUCCUCCACCGCUUCCUCACAUGGGCCAGCCACCUCCCCUUGAGCCCACAACACCUAACACGACUCUUCCCCAUCGUCAUUUAAGGCAGGGUCUUUAGUUCAUCCUGUCUCCUUCAAUGUAAACUUUUUACUGUUUUUCUAACCCUCCCCCCUGUAAUCAGGACAGAAGAGUCUAUUACUUAAAAAACUUCCAUUAAAAUAAUUUAAAAAAGGAAAAGACAAAAUCAGUAAGCUGAGCACCAAAAGCUGAUUGUCGCACAGUUGAAGUGUGUUACAUUUACAAUGCAGCAAGUUGCAGCUUGUAAUUUUGUUCAUCUGAGUACAUGUUAUUCAGUGUGGAGUGACUGAAACAUACUGUGUGGCAAUGCCAUGAACACAAGAAACAGUGUGAGGAACCUGAGAGGACUGGAUGUUCCUGAAACAGAGCGCUGAUAUUUUUAAAAGCAGGAUUCUUAACUCUCUUUCACAGAUCCUGGAGUUUUGGCACAGGAGUCCAUCUUGUUCUUCUUUUCCUGUAUCUUUACCUGUUGCAUUCUUGAAUCAAACAGCAAGAGCUACUGUCAGCUAUUACCAAAGAGAAUACGAGCAACAUAAUAGUGGUUUAUGACUUUAUUUGAUAACUUAUAAUGAUUACAAUGCACAGUUUUUCAGCAACAUCACACAUAUCUAAAGCCAUUGCAAAAUAUCCGAAAUAUGCAAUGGAGAGUGAUUAUAGUGAAGUAUCAUGCUAAAAAGAUAUUAAAAUUUUGAUUUUUGGCAAAGCACAUCCCAUUUUACUUGGGUCAUCAAAUGAUCAGGGAGAACAACUUAUUUACUGUAUCACUGCUUGAAGUUCUGUUUGUAAAGAAAAAUGUGGAAGGGAUGUUUAUCUGCUGCGAUGGGACGAACUUCAUACAUCUAAGUAAUCAUAUACAGAAUCUAUUAAAAAGUGAGACAGAUAUGCAAAAUCAGCCAUUUUUAGCUUAAUUCUGAAGAAAGCAGGGAGAACAACAGAUAUGAUUAUGUCUCCUACUCUCUCAUGACUGGGUUUGUUUCUAGAGCCAUGGCAAAAUAUAUUCCAUUGAUUGCUGAUUUAUUUGGGGAACACUUGUCGACAAUGUUUAACGAUUUUUCACCACCUCGGCUAGUGUUUAAUAGCAAAAAGUGUUCAUUAGAUGGUUUAGUAGAUGGAAAAAAUGGGUCACAUUGAUUAAUACAGGUUUAAGGGGUGUCAAGGGAGGUUAAAUUAUAUUGUGAGCUGGAAGCUGAUCAUGCAAACAAAAUGGUUGAGCACUGCAAUGAGAAAAGAGAGGCUUUCGAGAACAAGAUUGCAUGUACCGUAAACAGGCUAAAUGCGGCCAUCCUAACCAACAGCUCAUGAGGUGUUAUCACUGUUGUGAAUAGAAUCCAAUUUUCAUCGAGUUCUCAACAAUGCACUUGCAUGUGAGAUUUCAUCUCUCAUUCUUUAUUCCAUUCUCCAUUUUGUUUGCUCACGCUCUUGUUGUUUAUUUCUUUUUAUUCUCUUUUCUGUUGGUAAGGAAAAUGGGAGGAUGUUAUUGUCAUUUUGUUAGAAUUCUGUAGAAAAUUUCAAGUUGUAUUUAUUAUUUUAUCAUUUUGAAUCUUGGGCUGUUUCAAUGCUUUUAGUGACACCACUUUUAUGAAGAAAAAAAAAAAAGUCAUUUUACAGCCCAAAUACCUCACAAAUCCUGUAAACCUGUAAAUGGAUAAUAGAUUACGAAUACAAGAUAUACCUCAUUUAUUUCAUUUCUAUUAUGUUUAUUGUGAAGCCACUUGAAAAUGAUGUUUGUUUUUUUUUUUGUUUUUUUUUUUUCAGUAGAUCACUGGAUUUUGUUUUCUAUUUUGUUUUACCAAAGAAGGGAAUAUAUAAUGAACACACAUCUACCUCAUUUGUUAUAGACUGUGCCAACUACAUGAUCACAGCAGCCAGUUUUCAAUCAUAGCCUUUCUGGUCCAAAUUCGUUUUUGUUUGCAUGACUCGUUCUGUAAAACCAGAGGCUGGACCACACAGGGCUUUACACAGCAUGAUUUGCAUUGCUUGUUUGUUUUUGUUAGUGGCAUUUUUUUAUGCUUGGGGGAAAGAAAAUACCAGAAGGAUCCUAUUUUAUGUGUUCAACUGCUCAGAUUGAUUCAAUAUUGAUGUGAUAAAGGUUUUGUAAAUUAGAUCUUUAUUAUAUCGAUCUGAAAAACACCUUAAUAUAUCUGAUAAACUAUAAACUAUGUUAAGCUGUGUCUAUUAACUUUUUUAAUUAAGUGUUGUAGCUUACAUCACGGUUUGCAGUCUUUAGAUGUUCCAUUGAUGCCAGUGUUUGCUUCAGUCAUCAUUUCUAUUCUAUUCAGGACUUAAUGUGGCUUUCAGAAGAUAUAACCUGAACUAAAACUAACAUAAAAUUGUAAUUAUCUUUUUUUAUACACUCUCUUAAAUGUGAUUGGAAUGUGGAAACAUGCUCUUGUGAUUGAACAGUACUUUUUUUUUUUUUUUUUUACAAAUACCAAAGAUCUGAGUUGACAAUAUUGUAGGGUUGACUGUUGUAACUUUUAACCUUUAACUUUUAAUCACACGCGCAACAAAGAAAAGUUUUCAUUUGGUCUCUGCUGUAGCAAAACUUGAUAUUAAGCACUUGGAUCAAAUUGUUUUGAAAGGCAAGGCCAAGUUGUAUAUUCAGUUUGUCUCCAGAUUUUUCGCACACUUUUAAGUAUGAAUUAAACAAGUAAACUUGAGCAUCAUUGUGUUGUGAUGGAAAUAUAUAGUGUAUAUUUAUGUGGAACUACAGAGGGCACAAUCAAUGCACAAUUGUCUGAUUCCUGUUGUUCAAUGUAAUUUACCUCUUGAUCAGCAAAUGAAGAGACUUUGCUCUUAUUUUUUUCACAGCAGUGGCACGGUCUGUUCCUUCACAUGUUCUCUGUACAGCUCAUGUCACUAGACUGCAGAGAUUUCGGGACAAACUCUGGAGCGCUUGUUGACUGUGAAACAAAAAGCUUUUACAAAACCAUGCUUACAGGCUUUCUGUAGAUGACAAUGUUUUGAGAAUUUGUUCAUGUAAGACAUAUAAGAUCAUUUUGAUAAAGGUUUAGAAAAAAUAUGAUUCACUUAUGUGCUUAAAAAAUAACAUAUUGUUUACUUUGUUUAGCUAUGUCAACAAUGCUAUGCUGGUAGAUUUUAGAUCCUAUUAUUUGCUGUGUAUGAUGCUUUUUUUCCUUUUAUUCACUUUGGAUAAAUCCAGUGCAUUAUGGGAAAGCUGGAUUGUGGUGCUCAGGGGUUAAAAAGGGAAGAAAAAAAACAAGUGAAAGAUUUUUUUUUUUUUUUUUACCAUUGACUUGUAGCAUAAUUAGAAAUAAAGUACUGCU